AUGUGUACAAUUGUGAAUAGAGAAUUCGAUCAUACAUUAAAUGACUACAAGAUUAAUUUGAAACUGGGUAGCGACAAUUUGUUAUCAAUCGACGUUGAAGAUAGUCAUCGAAAAACUCAAUAUCAUAAUUUAUAUUUAAAUUCAAAUUGUUCCUUGGUAACUGAUACAUUAUGUCAAACGAAUGAUGCACUGUAUGAACUAAUUAAAGAUUUACUAUUGACUAAAGACAACCAUGGUUAUAUAGCAAUAAAAGACAAUGGUAAAAGUGUUCAAAUACAAAUACAAACACAAUUAAAGAUGUUAGAUGUGAAUGAUUCAAAACAAUUACGAACAAUUAAACUUGAUUUGAAGCAAAUAGCACAAGUAGAUCAAUUAAAACAGACAAUUACGAAAUUACAACAACGUUUAGAACAUUUGGAACAUUAG